AUGCCAACGACUACGGCAAAUAAAAUUAUUAAUGAACAAUACACACAAAUUGAUCUAUCCACAACAACUCUAUCGACGUUUGCGGCUAAUCGCUGUGAAAAUCAAACACAAUCUCCUUUGGAUGAAAUUCAAGAUCGAAUUAAUGUUGUUGUUCCCUAUUUAGUUAUAUUGGGUACUAUUGGCAAUGGGCUGUCAGUUAUUACAUUUUCUCAACGAAGCUUACGCACAGUUUCAUGUGGUUGUUAUUUAUUGUUACUAUCCAUAUGCGAUACAAUAGGAUUAUUAAUUAUGUCACGACCAUAUUUUUUCAAACGAUUGGAUAUGGUACAUCAUCUUAAUUCCAGUUUGUUUUGUGGUUUACAUUUAUUUUUAACAAAAAUAUUUGAUGAAUUAACACCAUGGCUAUUAGUUUUUGUCGCAUGUAAUCGUCUUGUUUUAUCACGAUAUCCACGUAAUGAUCAAUGUUUUCAAACAGCACGAGCUGCUCUAUGGAGUACACUGUGCCUUUUAAUUUUAAUUAUAUGUAUUAAUUUACAUCUAUUAUUUGGUAUCGGUGUUGGAUAUUCGCCAUCACAACCGUGUACAUCUGUGUGUGGUCCAUUAACAAAUUCGCCAUCUUAUUUAUUUUUCUAUAAAAAUGUCAGCCCAAUCAUUGACUUAUUUAUAAGUUUGAUAAUACCAUUUUGUAUUAUCUUUAUUGCUAAUAUAUUCAUAUUAGUCAAUGUUAGACGUGUAAAGAAACAAGCGACACGUAUACGUCAUCGAAAACGAGCAAAUAGAAAUGCUCGUUUAAAUAUUGUUUUACUUGCGGAUCUCAUCACAUUUAUAGUUGCUACUUUACCAGUUUUAUCUGUUGAAUGCAUAUAUCGUUUCACACGUACUAUUGAACGCGCGAAACAAUUUGAUCAAAAUAUAAAUAUUGCAUGGGUUAUAGCAAAUAAAUUUUUUUAUUUAAAUUAUUCAUUAUCAUUUUACUGUUAUGUUUUAACUUCAUCAUAUUUUCGGCAUCAUUUUCUUCUUGCAAUAGGUUGUAAUAAAUUAAAUAAUGCUUUCUUUACAACAACACAAAAUAAUCGUCAACGUGAUCCAACAUCUGACUUUACAGCGAAAUACGGUAAUCGUUUAUCAUCAGCAUCGAAGAGUACGGUAAAAUGUGGUAAUUCAAAUUCAUUGCAUGUAAAAAAAAAGAUUGUUCGAUCUUCGGAAGAUAGUAUGGAUAUGAGUAAUGCUAUCAAUGAAAUGGUGCCAUUACGUGAAAGGCAAGUUCCAUUAACAAUACUACUGGUAGAUUAA